AUGCGAACAAAAACUGAUAUGGAAAUUCUCGAUGAUGCUACACUGAUGACAUGGCAUUCAUUUGAUAGUGUACCAUGGAAGGAUUCGAGUACAUUUGGAUUAACUACAACAGCUAAUAAUGUUAAUUUAGUCUCGGGCAAAGUGAAUCAUGCAUUAAAUUUUAAUUCAAGUUCAGCAUAUUAUCAGAUUUCUGGAUUCGUUUUACUCGGAAUUUCUAAUCGAUCGUAUUCAAUAUCUUUAUGGAUUAAACGAGCAUCCAAUAGUGGAGGAGUUCUUGUUCAUCUUUCAACGCAAAUAAAUGGAACAGGAACGUGUAUUACUCUCAUAGGGUUUCAAGCAAACGGUAAAAUUGUUGCUAUGAACGUUCGUUCUAAGAAAAAAGAAAUAGUUGGUUUGCUGCUACCUAUCAAUGUCUGGACACAUAUUGCCGUUACCUAUUCAUCAAAAAAUGGACUCAUCCUUUAUAUUAAUGGAAUGUUUUAUGGUAGAAAAAGUAGAACGCCUUAUAAAGCUUCAGGAGAAAUUAAUAUUUUCACAUUGGGUAAUUUACUUAAUGGAAGUUCGUGUUAUCGAGGAUCAAUUACAUCAAACGUGUAUGUUGGAGAUAUAGAUGAAUUUCGUGUUUAUUCUCGAGAGUUGAGUACAACGGAUGUUUAUAAACUUGCUACACAAUGA